AACACGUGAUGGGACCACGCUUCAUAAAUGGGACUGGAGCGAGAGCGAGCCAGAGACAGCGCGCGAGCUGAGGGAGAGGCAGGGACCUCAAGCAGGGCGCGGCGACGGGCGCUCGGGCUGGCCCAAGCGGGCGGCCCCAGGCCGGCCAGCGCGGUCAGAGGGACGCCGGGGAGAGCCGGGGAACGAAGCGGGCCUGUCCGAGCCCAGGGGCGCCAGUCCCGGGGCCCGUGGCGCACGGGUGCUAGAGGCCGGGGACGCGGGCGCGCAGACCGACUGACUUACUGACCGAUCGCCGCGGGCACGCCCCGCUCCACCCCGCCCCACCGCUCCCCGCGCCGCCUCCCCUGCUCGCUUGCUGCCUCUACCUUCUCCACUUCUUUUCCGCCUCCGCCUCCUUCUGGCUCCCCUGGCGCCAGAGCCUUCCCCUGGCUCAGGCGGGAGCCUGGGCUGUCUGCAGAGCUCUCAUAGAGUCUGGGGGCAAAUUUCCUUGUAGCAGAGAGCCAGCCCCUUGGCUGGGCGACAGGUGCCGAGGGAGCUUCUGGCCCGUGGACCGGGGGAUGCGAAGGGGUUCCCUCCCGGCAUCUCUUUCUCAGUCACGUUGAGUCUGGCCUAAUCAAAGACUGAGGUUAUGAAGUCGAUCUUAGAUGGCCUUGCAGAUACCACCUUCCGUACCAUCACCACAGACCUCCUCUACGUGGGCUCAAAUGACAUUCAGUACGAAGAUAUCAAAGGAGACAUGGCAUCCAAAUUAGGAUACUUCCCACAGAAAUUCCCUCUAACUUCCUUCAGGGGUAGUCCUUUCCAAGAAAAGAUGACUGCAGGAGACAACUCCCCGUUGGUCCCAGCAGGAGACACAACAAACAUUACAGAGUUCUAUAACAAGUCUCUCUCAUCAUUCAAGGAGAAUGAGGAGAACAUCCAGUGUGGGGAGAAUUUUAUGGACAUGGAGUGCUUCAUGAUUCUGAAUCCCAGCCAGCAGCUGGCCAUCGCUGUACUGUCUCUCACUCUGGGCACCUUCACGGUUCUGGAGAACCUGCUGGUGCUAUGUGUCAUCCUUCACUCCCGCAGUCUCCGAUGCAGGCCUUCCUACCACUUCAUUGGCAGCCUGGCAGUGGCCGACCUCCUGGGAAGCGUCAUUUUCGUCUACAGCUUUGUUGACUUCCAUGUGUUCCACCGCAAAGACAGCCCCAAUGUGUUUCUGUUCAAACUGGGUGGGGUUACAGCCUCCUUCACAGCUUCUGUGGGCAGCCUGUUCCUCACAGCCAUCGACAGGUACAUAUCCAUUCACAGGCCUCUGGCCUACAAGAGGAUCGUCACCAGGCCCAAGGCCGUAGUGGCCUUUUGCUUGAUGUGGACUAUUGCAAUAGUAAUUGCUGUGUUGCCUCUCCUGGGCUGGAACUGCAAGAAGCUGCAAUCGGUCUGCUCGGACAUCUUCCCACUCAUCGAUGAAACCUACCUGAUGUUCUGGAUCGGAGUCACCAGUGUGCUCUUGCUGUUCAUUGUGUAUGCAUACAUGUAUAUCCUCUGGAAGGCUCACAGCCACGCGGUCCGCAUGAUUCAGCGUGGAACCCAGAAGAGCAUCAUAAUCCACACCUCAGAAGAUGGCAAGGUGCAGGUGACCCGGCCUGACCAAGCCCGCAUGGACAUUAGGUUGGCCAAAACCCUGGUUCUGAUCCUGGUGGUGUUGAUCAUCUGCUGGGGCCCUCUGCUUGCGAUCAUGGUGUACGAUGUCUUUGGGAAGAUGAACAAGCUUAUCAAGACGGUGUUUGCCUUCUGUAGUAUGCUCUGCCUGCUGAACUCCACCGUGAACCCCAUCAUCUAUGCUCUGAGGAGCAAGGACCUGAGACAUGCCUUCCGCAGCAUGUUCCCUUCGUGUGAAGGCACUGCGCAACCCCUAGAUAACAGCAUGGGGGACUCGGACUGCCUGCACAAGCACGCCAAUAACACAGCCAGCAUGCACAGGGCCGCGGAGAGCUGCAUCAAGAGCACUGUUAAGAUUGCCAAGGUGACCAUGUCUGUGUCCACAGACACGUCUGCCGAGGCUCUGUGAGCCUGCUGCUUUUGUGGCUGUCCAGAAAAAGAAAAAAAAAAAAUUUUUUUUUUUUUAGCUUAAAAUUUAGAAGUCUGUUGUCUCAUCGGUUAUAUAUAUAUUUUUAAGUUUACCAUGUUUAGUAAAAUAGUGACUGUCACCGUGCUUACUUAGUUUGCUGACGUCUCAAUAGCUUAGGUACUUAAAACUCCAUUCCCCAGGGGUUUACAGUGAAGAAAGUCUAUCGCUGCAGUUACUCAGCAAUCCUUCGAAGUCUCUGAAAUAGAAGGGAAAACUUUGGCUUCCAAAUCUGAAGCCUAACUAUCUGUAGAGAACCACCAUGAAAUAAGUAAUGGCUUUGUAACCACAAUGUUCAUGAUGCUGUGUUUGUCCAUAGUAUAAAAAGGUACAUUUUUACAAUAAGUAUAGUGCUAAAGUAGAUACUUUGUAACAUGUUUUCUGUCCUGUUAGUUGUGUGUCAGUGUUUACUGUGUCUUUUUUUUUUAAUUAUUUUAUUUUUUGUCUAGCUUAGCAAAAACAGAAUGUAGCCCUCAUAAGAGCAUACAAGAGUGGUUCUGUUGUAGGGUGACCCCUGUUUAGAUAGUAUUACUGUUCAUGAGACAAUUUUAGAAACCUUAGUAUUUCUUCCCAUAUCCGUAUCUAAAGUUAAUAUUGAAAUAAGCAUAAAGGUUUAUUUUUUUCUGUUAAAACAAUAAGAAAAAUUUGAAGACUGUUCAAAGUAUUGAGCAGAAUUCAAGGACACUUAAAACUGUGUUAGGCCUGCAUUUUUUCAUAUGAGGACAUUCCGUAUCUUCUGGACCACAGCUGUUCAGUUGGAUAAUGGAUUAUAAUCAGAAUGGAAAAGAGAAAGCACAUUGACUUUUAAGGCUGACGCUCUGACUUUCUGCAGUUGUUAGCUGUAACUGGGCCUCUUAAGACAGCAUGUGUCAAUCUUAGUGUCUACUGUGAUCACUGUGCAGUUGCUGUUUACUUGACCUGUAUUGCAUUGUUACGUUCUGGAUUUAAGUAGAUUUCAGGCCUGGAUGGCCAAAAAAAAAAACAAAAAAAACCCAAAAAACAAAAAACAGUUGUCUUCUUCUUAACCGAGAAGAAAUAUUGUCUGACUCAGUAAAAUUGUGCGUGUGAUUGUAAAUGUGUAUGUGUGUGUAUGUGUGUGUGUGUUACUCUAUCUUGUAACUGUUACAGCAAUGUCCCCCAUGAGAAAACUGACCAAGGGUAAACCGUACCACUUGCUGCGCGCUCUUGCACAUGAACUUAGCUUCUACAGUCGAGCCUCUUCAUGAAAUCCUGUUUCUAAAAAUUCUGACAAUCUUUUCAGAUGAAUCUCCCCACCUAGGAGGUCGGAUUAAGUAUUCUAUAGACAUUUAGGUGUUCCAUAAGGCCAGCGUUCAGCAAGAAGUCAUCAGUAAGAGGUGCCAAAAAAUAAGAGGAUUCUCCCAGGAAGAGGAGAGUAUGGAGGAUGGUGGGCCCCUACUGUAAAUCAAAUCCAUGGAAAUGCAAAUCAGUAAGGGGGGUGGUUCUAAGAACUUCUUCUAAACCCCCCUACAGUAGCAAGUUUCGGUGGUGCAUGUCAGCAGUGCAUCUCAGGUUAAGUAACAACAUGCCAGCUACCAGGUCCAGGCCAUUUCAUUACAGAGGGUGACAGCCCAGUACCUGACUCUAUUUGGUAUGAUUGGGCUAAGGAAAAGGUAGUGCCUCCUCUACUUGCUGGUAUCAAGAUGUGCCAAAUCAUAAAGAUGAGGGUGGCUAGCUUCUGAUGACAUCUCUGUCGUGGUGCUCAAAAUUGGGCCCUUUUCCGAUAAAGAGAAGUAUUGCUUUCAGGAAGCCACUCUAUCCUGCUAAGUUCUACGUAGAGGCUCUCCUUGUUCAGGUUUUCACCAGUCUCCCGAGGACUGCAUGGCAUGAAGUGGAGAGCUAGCAUCUGUUGGUGAUUUCUACCAUUUGGGGUUCCCAGCCUGACGGGGCAGUACCCCUUCUUGCAAUCAGUGUGACCUGAGGGCCAGACUAGGACAUAUCUAGAUUUGGCCUGCGGCAGUCUCUUGCUUUUCUUCUCUGUGCACAGAGGAGGACUCAGGAUGCUGGAGGAUUAGUAACUCCAUAGACAAGGGUAUUGAGAGAAUACCACCAGGGGCUAGGGAUUGCCAGCUUCGUCCUACAUCAACCUGAAUAUCAACCGACAUGUCUCUAGCUAUCAGGCAGUACCAUCUCUUCUCACAGCUACAAAGACCUGGUAGGAAAUUCUAGGUAU